GGAGAAGAUGGGGAAAUACUAUGAUCGGAAAAGGGACGAACCGCCGAACUUCAAGAUAGGCGACAUGGUCAUGCUCAAUGCGACCAAUAUCAAGACACGUCGCUCCACCAAGAAACUCGAUCAUAUGAAACUCGGUCCGUUUAAGAUUAUCCGACUAGCUGGGAAACGAGCCUGCGAAUUAGAACUGCCACCACAAGUCAAAAUCCAUAACGUGUUCCACAUCGAACUCUUGGAACAUUACCGACAGAGCAGUAUCCCAGGCCGUGAACAACGUCCCCCAACUCCUGAAGAUAUCGAUAAAGACGGAGAGGUACUGUACGAAGUGGAAAGUAUCGUGGGAAGCCGGAAAAGUAGAAGAGGAUUAGUGGAAUACCUGUGUACUCUUGUGGUCUGGUACGCAUCCCUCACAGAAGGCGCCCAAGGGUCUUUCCUGUUUGACACCGGUUGUACAGGAGCUAUCCUCAACCAGAGUUUUGUCAGGAAACAUGGAAUUCCUUUAGUGCGGCGGGAUCAACCUCUGACAAUGUUUGAUGCUCAAGGAGAUGUCAUGAUGGGAGGAGGCGAGUAUUACACUCACCCGGUCCGCAUGACUAUGGGAGAUCAUAAGGAGACACUUCGAUGGGAGGUGGCUACUUUGGAAGAAGGAAUGACCGGUUACCUGCCAAUUAGUUGGACUAGGAAGCAUAACCCGAAUAUCAAUUGGGAACUCAACACCAUGAGCUGGAGGAGUGACUACUGCAGGCAGAAUUGUCUCCCAGCGGCCACCAAGAUUGAACUUGUCUCUCCAUAUCAGAUGUCGGAGGAAGAAGAAACAGUCUAUCAAUUGGUUGGUUCAGUAUGGCAUGAUGAGGACGGAGGUGAUAUUGCUGAGAAAAUACACCACCUAUACCGGGAAUGGGCUGAUGUGUUCAGUCAAGAGAAGAUUGAGGAAAUGCCGCCGCAUUCCCAUAAUGAUUUGAAGAUCAAGCUCUUGCCUGGCACCUCUCCCCGAUUUGGCCCGCUGUACCCAUGUUCUGCUCCAGAGUUGAAGGCCCUCCGAGAGUACCUGGACAAAGAAUUGUCUUCAGGAAAGAUCUCUAGAUCAAAUAGCCCUGCUGCGGCACCCAUAUUGUUCAUUCCUAAGAAGGAUGGGACAUUGCGGAUUUGUGUGGAUUACAGAGGUUUGAACAAGGUCACUGUCAAGGACAAGUAUCCGCUCCCUAUCAUGAGUGAGCUCAGAGACAGGUUGUUCAAGGCCAAGAUCUUCACAAAGAUAGACCUGAAGAACGGCUUCAAUUUGAUCAGGAUAGCUGAAGGUGAUGAGUCGAAAACCGCUUUCAGAACUCGCUAUGGACUGUAUCAAUAUAAUGUGAUGCCGUUUGGACUAUGCAACGCUCCCUCCGCCUUCCAGGCAAUGAUCAAUGAUGUGCUAAAGGAACUACUAGAUGAAGGAGUGGUUGUCUACAUUGAUGACAUCCUCAUCUACUCGGAAAAUGAGAAAGAGCAUGAGCUACUGGUCAAGAAGGUCUUACAGAAGCUUAGGGAAGCUAAGCUCUGUGCCUCGAUCAGUAAGACAUCUUUCCAUGUCCGAGAGGUAGAAUACCUGGGCUAUCAUAUCUCAGAACAGGGAGUAUCUAUGUCAGAAGAUAAGGUGGAGGCAGUUAAGGAAUGGCCGGUCCCUGAGAAUAUCAAGGCUGUACAGGCAUUCCUCGGAUUUGCAAACUUCUAUCGCCGCUUUAUUGAAGGCUUCAGUAAAGUUUGCAAACCAUUAACUGAUCUCCUGCAAAAAGACAAGAAAUGGUAUUGGACGGCAGCACAUGAGCAGGCCUUUGAAGAACUCAAGAGGCUGUUCACAAGCGCUCCAAUCAUUCUUCAUUUUGACCCUAGUAGGAGCACGGUGGUUGAGACAGAUGCCAGUGAUUUUGCCAAAGGAGCGGUGCUCUCUCAGUAUGGGGACGAUGGAAAGCUACAUCCGGUGGCAUUCUAUUCUAAGAAGUUCUCCCCUGCUGAGAUCAACUAUGACAUUCAUGAUAAGGAAAUGGGAGCUAUUGUAGCCUCUUUCCGGGAAUGGGAACACAUGCUCAAAUCUUGUGAGCAAGAGAUCACGGUUUUUACAGAACACAAGAACUUGGAGUAUUUUAAUUCUACCAAGGUUCUCACUAGGCGGCAAGCUAGAUGGUCUGAGGACCUCGCAGGCUACAAUUUUAAAGUUGUCUACAGACCGGGAGAAAAGAAUGGCAAGACUGAUGUGCUAUCUAGGCGCUGGGAUCACCGCCUUGGAGAGGGAGGUGAAACUCUGCAGCCGGAGCCACAGAUCUUUUUUAGGCCAGGUCAAUUGGUUUUGGAUCCUGCAAAGCUAGUGGCUGUCAGGGUGAAUCAAUUGCAGAAUACAUUCUUAGAGCGCCUAUAUGCGGCUGCUAAAGAGGAUAGUUUCUGGCAGGAACUGCACCGCUCCCUGGUUGAAAGGAAACCAAAUUUGGACCAGAACUUGUCGGUCAAGAACGGUCUCAUCUUCUAUAAGAAUAGAUGGUAUAUACCCAAAGACAAAAAGCUUCAGAUGGAAAUACUGUCCGCUACCCAUGACUCUAAGGUGGCUGGUCAUUUUGGCCAAUUUAAGACACUUGAGCGGGUGAAAAACAACUUCUUUUGGCCCAACAUGGAUAAGGAUGUUGAGGAAUAUGUCCGGAGCUGUGACAGCUGCCAGAGGAAUAAGACCUCAAGACAUAGGAAGUUUGGUAUGCUCCAACCGUUGGAGAUACCCUAUCGGCCAUGGACUUCCAUCUCUAUGGACUUCAUUGUGGGAUUGCCGGAAUCUAGUGGGUUUACAAAGAUCUGGGUAAUAGUGGGCCGUUUUUCGAAGAUGGCACACUACAUCCCUCUUCCUACCCUCAAUAAAACGGAAGAUUUGGCUAAGUUGUUCUUGAAGGAAGUUUGGAGACUCCAUGGUUUACCUGAUGACAUAGUCUCGGACAGAGAUAGCAGGUUCAUCUCUCACUUUUGGCAAUCUCUCAUGAGCCUCCUCAAUGUGAAGCUGAAGAUGUCCACAUCCUUCCACCCCCAAACGGACGGUCAAACAGAAAGAGUUAAUCAGACCCUGGAACAUUACUUGCGGAGUUAUUGUUCAUAUCAACAGGAUGACUGGGCAGAACUUUUGCCUUUGGCAGAGUAUGCAUAUAACUCGGCGGUCUCUGAGUCUACCAAAGUAUCGGCCUUUUAUGCCAACUAUGGUUAUGAACCCAGGACCAACUGGCCGGCCCCAAAGGAAGGAGUAGAAUGGAACAAUCCAGCAAGUGAGGUCAUGAUAUCUCAAUGGGAAUCUAUUUGGCAGGCUAUGAACGCCAGCUUGGGUAAAGCUAGAUUAAGGAUGGCCCGGUGGUAUGAUGCUCAUGCCCUGGUACCGCCCGAAAUCAAGCCCGGAGAUGAAGUAAUGUUGGACCGGCGCAAUGUGCAAACAAAGCGGCCUUUGGGAAAAUUGGAUCAGAAGAAGAUGGGACCCUUCAAGGUCUUGGAAGCUAUUGGUACCCGUGCCUACAAGCUCUCUCUUCCCCCUCAAAUGGGAAUCCACCCGGUAUUUCAUGUCUCUCUUCUGGAACCUUACAGAGCACCGGUAGAUCCUGAGAGAAGAGUUCCACUACCGGAACCCGAAGAGAUUGAAGGAGAACAGAACUGGGUUGUCCGAGAAGUAGCUGAUAGCCGGGUCAAUAAGAAAAGGAGACGAGUGGAAUACCUAGUGCUGUGGGAAGGUUAUGAGAACGAGGAUGCUACAUGGGAACCUUGGGAGCAUCUCAAGAAGAGUGCUGAAGAAGCCCUUCGGGAUUUCCAUAUGAGGUAUCCUAAGAAACCCAAAGACAAGCGGAUUGUUGGGGUGUAG